AAUAACUGUGUCUGUAACAAAAAUAUCCCAUCCUAAAAAAUGCGAGGGCUGCCACGUAUUCGGGUAGCGGCUGUGUGAGUAGCGGCCAGGAAACCUUCAUACUUGAAAUACAAACAAACUGUCAACAAACGUGUUCUUAACGUAAAAUGUUACUUGCAUGUAUCAGUUGGUUUUGCACAUCAUUUUUCUUAUAUGUCACUGGAGCAAAACUUCCAGAGCCGGAGGUGAAAAUCGAGGUUUUACACAAACCUUUCCUCUGCCACCGCAAGUCCAAGUACGGGGAUAUGCUCCUGGUGCACUACGAGGGAUUUCUGGAGAGCAAUGGCACCAUGUUCCAUUCCAGCCGCACCCAUGGCGAUAAGCACCCGAUAUGGCUCACUUUGGGCAUCCGAGAAGUGAUCAAAGGCUGGGACAAGGGUUUGCAGGACAUGUGUACAGGGGAGAGAAGAAAACUGACUAUCCCCCCCUCCCUUGCAUAUGGGAAAGAAGGGAAAGGAAAAAUCCCUCCCGAAAGUACACUGAUCUUCGACAUAGAGAUCAUCGAAAUCCGAAAUGGCCCGAGGUCUCACGAGUCCUUCCAGGAGAUGGAUCUUAAUGACGACUGGAAGCUGUCCAAAGCAGAGGUGAAGGAGUACCUGAGGAAAGAGUUCGAGAAGCACGGCUACCCCUCCAAUGACACCCACCAUGAGGUUAUGGUUGAAGAUAUAUUCAACAAGGAAGAUGAGGAUAAAGACGGGUACAUAUCAGCUAGAGAAUUUACCUACAAACACGAUGAACUCUAGACAAUAAUGGAAUUCAUACAUCUCAGAGGAUCUUUUUGGUAGUUUUACUGUAAAUCUGGGUGUUACAAGCGCAGGUGUGACAUUUAACAUGUUCUUGGAUUUGAUGAAUUCCUGUGAAAGUCUCUCUGGAUGUGAUGGACGAAACCAUUUCACGCUCCCAGACAUUUCUUUUUGUCAUUUUUUCUUUCCCCUUUGACUGAGGAUGUUGAUCUUUGUAUCUUAACAUAUUUUUUAAUAGGCACCCUGCUUUUACACCACAUUUUUAAGUUUCUUACUAGAAUAAAUUAUCCAUGUGAGAAUAAUUUA